UCGAUGAAAAAGAUGAAGUUUCAAUCUCAAAAGUAGCUGAAACACUUUCGAAAGCUUUUGAUUUUAAAGGAAAAAUCGUAUAUGAUACUACGGCAGCAGAUGGUCAAUACAAAAAGACCGCAAGUAAUUCAAAACUAAGGAAUUAUUUACCAGCCAUGCAGUUUACUUCAUUUGAAAAUGCAAUCAAAGAAACUGUUAAUUGGUAUCGUAGUAAUUAUAAUAUAGCAAGAAAUUAGUCAAUUUCAAACCAUUAUAAAUACUUCUGUUUUAAUUAUUUUCAAUGUUAAAACGUCAAUUUUAUUUUUCAUUCAAUUAUCUUUUAAUACAAUUAUCAGAGUAAAGAACCUAUAAUUAUCGUAGUCGGCUUAUAAAACUUGCUCCAUGGCAGGAUACUUUAAUAAUUAUGGAAUAAUUCAAUUUGGAUCAAUUUUUAUCAAAAUUAGUUUAUUUUAAAAUAUUGAAAAUUAAUUUCACAGGUGCCACGGGGCAAGUUUUAUAAGUCGAAUACGAUAAAUACUAAUGAAGAAAUAAAACUAUGUACGAUAAAAUAUUUUAUCGCCAAUAACCAACUAAUCUAUUUAUUGAUUUUAUAGAUAAACGAGAGUUUUCAUUUUAUUUUUUGAAACUAAAUGUUUGUACUUUAUUUCGUUUUUAUGGAGAAUUACCGACAUUGAGUUUUGUUUAAAUUAUCGUGGUUUUCUUCCUACACAAAAUUAUAAAUUCAGAUGAUUAUGCUCUAGAUACCAUUUGAAUAAUUAUUUUUAUCUGAGUAUAAGUACACAUGCUCUGUAAAUGCAAAGUGAAACGCGUGCGCUAAAACCACAAAACGCCGACGCCGUAGACAUUUUUUCCGUAAUUCUUUAUGCAAUUCAUAAACGAAAACUUCAGUGCGCUUGAAAAAACUCUUGUGAUAAGUUAUUUUAUUUCUCUUUUAAUUAAUUGUUAAUAUAAAAUUUUAAGAAUCACGUCGUUAAAAUAUAGUUUUUUACUCUCUGACAAUUAUAAUUUAAUAUUAAUUAUUAAAAAUUAACCUUUUUGUCUCAAUAACAAUUAAGUGUCAUUAAAAUUUUCAAAAAAAAAAUUUAAUAUUACCUGAGUUAUUUAAACAGUUUCAUGGUAAACUAUUUUUACUUCAAAUAUUUCUCCAUCUCAAGCGUUAAUAUUAAAGUAAAGAAGUGUUGAAAAAGUAGUAGUUUAUUAUUGUUGUGUAAAUUUACUCGAGUGUUCUUUUUGAGUAUAAAUCUCGAAGAAAAUAUGUAAAAUUAUGUAUUUAUGAUUGAGGCUGAUUGGUGGAUACUGCAAAGUUCAAAAGAAUAAUAUUUUUUGUUACAAAUAUAAAGAAACUCAGAUACUUUUGAUUACAAUGUUCAUGUCCUAUACUGAUAUCUUUUUGAGUCUUCCACACUAAAAAUUAAUAAUAAAUCGUAAUUUAUACAUAGUUUACCAUUAAUUAUAGAAAAUAAACGAUUUUCAAUAAUUAAUAUGCUGAAAGAGAUGAUGAUAAUUUGAGAAUGAUAACGAUGAUGAUAUAACUUGUUUGUUUACUGUCAAUAUCUCGAUUAACACUGGAAGAAAUAAAGUUAACUUAAAAUUAUCUUUUUCAAAUGAGCAAACAAAAAAAUAAAUACAGGAAUACAGGACAGAAAUAACCUAUAUAAUGACAAUAGCUGAAUAAAAAUUCAAUAGAUAGAUAAAAAAAAAAAAAAGACAAAGAGCUAUAGAGUGUUUGUUGUUAAUUGAAGUGAUUCGCCAAACACCCAAAAGCUGAAAAAUUUAAUUCAAUAUUGAGAAUAAUCAAGUCAUGUAUAAAAUAGAAAAAAAAAAUGUUAAUAUUGCUACAAAGACAUUUAUGAUAAUAUUAAGGAAAAAGUGUCAAUUAUCCAUUUGAUAAAUAAUAAAAGAAUUAAUUUAAAACAUAACAAUGCCGGGUAUAGUAGUAUUUCGACGACGAUGGAGUGUUGGGAGUGAUGAUCUCGUAGUCCCAGCUGCAUUUUUAAGUAUUGUUCACAUCAUAUG